GUUUUGCGGUGCGAGCGUGGUCGACAAAGGACGAUGGUACUCAGCGCAGUAUUUAUCACCGACCUGAAGGGGAAGAUCAUCAUCAGCCGCAACUACCGCGGCGACAUCCCCAUGUCCAUCGCGGAAAAGUUCACGCAGUAUGUGACCGAAAAGGACGACAACGAACAGCGGCCCGUGUUCACCAACGACGAGUCCGGCGUUACGUUCGUGUACAUCAAGUACAACAAUCUGUACCUGAUGACCGUGACCAAAGUCAACUCGAACGUGGCGCUCAUGCUCAUGUACCUCAACCGCAUCUGCCAAGUGUUCCAAGAGUACUUUGGCGAGCUGGAGGAAGAAAGCAUCCGCGACAACUUUGUCAUCAUCUUUGAGCUUCUGGACGAAACCAUCGACCACGGGUAUCCGCAGACGACUGAAGCGCGCAUCUUGCGCGAGUACAUCACGCAGGAGGGCCACCGCAUGGAGUCUGCGCCGCGCCCGCCGACGGCAUUGACCAACGCCGUGUCGUGGCGAUCGGAAGGGAUCAAGCAUCGCAAGAACGAAAUCUUUCUGGACGUUGUGGAAAAGCUCAACUUGCUCGUCGCGUCCAACGGGACAGUUCUGCAUUCCGAGAUCCUCGGCGCCGUCAAGAUGAAGUCAUUCUUGAGCGGCAUGCCCGAACUCAAGCUCGGGCUCAACGACAAGAUGCUAUUCGAAGCCACCGGUCGGAGCACUUCGUCCAAGGGCAAGGCGGUCGAGAUGGAGGACAUCAAGUUCCACCAGUGCGUGCGGCUCGCGCGCUUUGAAACCGACCGCACCAUCAGCUUCAUCCCACCAGACGGAGAGUUCGACCUGAUGACGUACCGCCUGCAAACCCACGUCAAGCCGCUGAUCUGGGUCGAGGCGGUUGUGGAGCCCCAUUCCCGCAGCCGCAUCGAGUACAUGGUCAAGACCAAGUCGCAGUUUAAGAGCCGCAGUAUCGCCAACAACGUCGAGAUUGUCAUCCCAGUGCCGCCAGAUGUCGACAGCCCGUCGUUCAAGUGCAGCAUCGGCAGCGUCACCCGCGAAUACCUCAUGCGUGCGCAUUUCGGGUUGCCGUCCAUCUCCAACACCAACACGGUUUGA